UGUCAGUCAAGAGAACGCACGCUCGAGACCCAGCAGUUCACUGGUGGCUCUACUCUGGCUCAGUAUGUUUCGCUUGCGCUUGGUUGGUUGGAGUGGCCAAGUAUGCCCUCGUAGUGUACGCAAUGUUUUUGGACUCUAAUGGAACUUACAAUUUUUUGAAUUGUCAAGACUCGAUGUUGGUUGCAUAUUUUUUUAAAUGAUAGCGAAUCUAUUUCGUAAAGAAAGCUGGCGGGAUAGGUUACUCCGAAAGCAAAACUCCCGACGACCCGAACCAAGUGUACCUCUUCCGAGUUUUUGCGCAAGGUGAUAGUGACGGUGACGACAGUUGAGCGGCCUUUAUAGUUGGCUGAGAGGAACGAGUCGAAUGCUUAUGAAUUACAACUCUGUGAUUAUAUGACAGGGUCGUCUCUUAGUGGACACAUUAGGGAGGAGAAUUGUGACGCUUUCAUCGUCUGUUUCAUCUUAACGUUUCUCCAACUUCUUGCAUUGGAUAGUCGUUUUUAAAGAAGACCAUGGCAUCGGAUACCACACCAGUGUUUUCGAAACAGGUGUUCCUGUGGCUGGUUGUAGUGUGCCAGUCUGUGUCGGUGAUGGCGUGCAGCGGGACCUAUGAGUACGUCAUCGAGGAGUUCUGUCUGGGGAAAUUCAGACUGGACAUGGAGGAACUGGACCAGCAUCGCUGGUGCAGCUGGGAGGACACAGUGGAACCUUACGGUGAGCUCACCAACUGCACCUACCUGAUCGCCCUGAAGAUGGACUGUUUCUGGCCCAACCGGCAGGUGGACGAGUUCUUCAUCCGCAUCCACAAGCACUACUUCCACGACUGCUCCCUGUCGGGACGGCUGCUGCGUGAUCCGCCCAACCGUAUCCUUGGGCCAUUCAUCGUGGUGCCCAUCCUUGUCACGUUGCUCAUGACUGCCCUAGUGGUGUGGAGGAGCAAGCGCAGUGAAGGCAUGGUGUAGCCGGGCCCAACCUUCAGGCCACCAGCCAGGGAGAAGAGGUCUAGAGGAGGCCCCCUUCACCUCCACCUCCACCCAUGACAGACUCAGAUACACAUAACACUGCUGCUACCUACUACAGAACAGACAUCAUGGACCAGGUGAGGGACUGGGAGGACUGUCUAAGCCUGUCUCAAGGAUAACAUUAUAGAGCAUCUCUGGUCCUAUCAGUCUGUUUGAUAGGAGACCGAGCUAGAGGCACAGGAUAUAAGAAAGUACACAGACUACAAGAUGAGAGUUCAUAUAACUACAGUGAUUAUACCCUGCAGGCGGAUUGGUUUAAAAGUGGAAGAGUGAUUCCAUUGCCCUUUAUCUACUAAAUCCAAUCUGGCUGGAGAAUCACAAGCUGUUUGCCAUGAAGGACAGAUGGUGUCUGAUUGGUUUGAAGGACUUCCUGGACACAUUAGGUAAUUUCCUGUGCAGUGAGUUGAGACACUUUGGCACAGUUCCGGAGUGGACUUCUUACAGUCAGUCACUGAUUGGUUGAUAUAAAGCAUCGUCCUAUCAUCUCUGUGCUUUAUGGAUGUUGUCUGUGCACUCUGUACUCUCCUCAAACACUGUUUGGUCCCCCCUGUUCCUGUCCUUGCCCGUCAGAACCAACAGAUUUCCACACUCACCCUUCAAGUCCUUACUUUGUGUACUGUGCCAAAGUACCUGUCAGUAACCAAAAUAAUUACAAAAAUAUUCAAAUCAAAUGUGUCCAUGAAUAGAAAGUGAAUAUGAAAAAGAGAAUAUUAUUUUAUGAUGUGUGCGAGACUGAGGUACAACAUACUGUGCAAAUGAUGGAUUAAUAGCCUACUGUUGGUAUUUCAUAAUGACUGUGUUCAAUAAACUUGGAUUAAAAACAAAGACGUGACUGUGUAUCGGGUGCUUUGCAACGGUGGUUUGGUGGGUAUAACUUUUAUCUUCGUAGUCACGAGGCUUGUGGAUUGUUUUGUAAGUUACUGACACACCGUCAUGUCUGUGUAACAUCUGAGUUGAUUGGGUCUUUAGUAAGGCUAAUGCUGUCAUCACCAGAUAGGGACAUUGCCUUUAAGAGCAGAGCAUCCUGCUAAUGGCAUUUUCUGACGCACUCUUCAUCUUAUUAGUACUGAGAGGCAAAGCGUCUGCAUGUCUGGCUGCCUUACUAAUUGCCUUUAUAUUACUAUGGCUGAGACACGGUUUUGCUACAAGAUCUGAGCUCCCAAUACCUCCAAGUAGAUACCUGCAUACUCUUCACAGGGCAACGGAAAACGAUAUAUAUAUUUUCUAUCUCUGUGUGUGUCUCUCUCUCUCUCUCAAAGCACCUUGAUUGCUUUAAGAGAUAUACUAAACCUUUGUGGUGCUCUUGUCAGACCCUGUAUUAAAACUCUCCCCGUCAUUAUGAGUCUAGUCUGGCUCCCGUGUAGAACCCUGUGUACUCUGGGAAACGCAGUUAAAGACCUCCCAGAGGAUAACUGACUAUUAGUCGUUGGGGACUUCUUUAAGGCAUUAAAU